UAUGAGAAGACGAGAGAAGGCUAUUUAGAAGCUAUAGGUUCAAUGUGAGGAAGAACAUAAAGCCAAGAGAUUUAGAUUUUGUUCUAGACAUCUCAUAUCCUUCUCUUAUUCGAUUUCAAACUUCCGCAUUAGUUCCUCUAAAUAUUCUUUGCGUCUAUACUAUGCCUUCUUUAGCUGGUUUUGAUGCAUUUUGGAUUGUGGAAAAAAGAUGUAGUAUACCAUUUAUUAGCUAUCUUUUUAGUUGUGGGUGGAGAAUAUGAUUAGGUAAAGGAGGUUAAAGAUUGGAGAGGGUGAUUGAUGAAUAAUACGGUUUAUCAUUCUUAAAAAAACUUAGGAUAGUAAAAUUUGAAAAAAUGUUGU